AUGCAAGGUAGUUAUAAUAAUAAUGGGUUACCAAGACCUUAUUAUAUGAAACCGCUGAAGAAAAAAUCAUCACCAUAUUCAAAUAUGAAAGAACCAAUAGUGUUUUUUAAUACUCCAAGAAGAAAAUUAAUUGGUUAUUUAGUUAUGUUUUGUUUAUUUGGUACUUUAAUGUAUUGGAUUUCACAAGAUUUAAAAGAUGGUCCUGAUCCAGUAUAUGAAAUUGUAAAACCAGAAUCAUCAGAAAACAAACAACAUAAUCCAGAUUUAAUAAAUAUAGAAAACUCACAAUCUAAUAAUAAAAAAAUGAUAAAUUCAAUAGAUGUAUCAAAAGUAGAUAAAGAAGGUGAAAAUAUCGAUUUAGCAGGUAAUUUAGCACAAGGAUCAAAUGGUGAAAAAGGUUUAGGUGUAAAUGAGGCUCCAAAAGGUGGUAUUGCAAAUGAAGCUCCAAUUGUAGGAAGUGAUGAAGAUAAAUUAAUAGGUACUGGAAAAGGAAACAAGCAAAUAAUAAAUAAAGAAAAAAUAUUAGUUGGUCAUCCACCAUCAGGUAAAGAAGGUUCUGAAAAAGGUUAUAAAAUAGAUAUAGAAGAUCCACCAAAGAAAAUAUCAAAUGAAAACAGAGUACAACAAAUAAUUAAAAACUCACAAUAG